UUUCGUUUAGGUAAGAGUCGGUUGCCUCGAAACUAUUUCUUUAAACUGUGGGGAAAGUUCUCUACUAGGUACAAAUUAGCUAGAGUAGGUCAUUGUAACACACUGGUAGUGGCACUAUUGGAUACAAGCGAGUGUACUCAUCGUGGGGCAUUAAGUGCAAUACACCUUCAAACCUGUUUACAAUUUCCAUUCGAUACAAGCUUUGAAAAGCUAUGCAUUUUCAGGAGUGGUUACAAUCCCUUCGUACCAGUGGGGGGGUUCGAGGACCUGAAAACAAAGACUUCUGGAGCCUUGUCCCCUCUCUCCCUUUGUCGUCCUCUUUCUCCUUCUCCUCCCUCUCUCUAUCCCCGUCCUCUCUGCUGGGUAUAGGGGCUCUGGCCUCCUUCACUGCAUACUGGCUGGUGACUCGCCCUCGGCCCAUGCGCCCCCCUUGUGAUCUGAAUGCCCAGUCUAUCCCUGUACAGGGAGAGCCCAAUUGGAGGCGUUCAGCUUUGCUCAAGGAUGAUGUUCUGUUGGAGUUCUACUAUGAUGACACCAGGACAGCCUAUGACAUGUUCCAGAGAGGACUGAGAGUGGCAGGGGAUGGCCCAUGCCUUGGCUUCAGGAAACCUGGGGAACCUUACCAGUGGAUAUCCUACACUGAGGUGGCUGAACAGGCACAGGUGCUGGGCUCUGGGCUUUUGGGCAAAGGCUGCCAACCAAACCCUGAGCAGUUAGUUGGAAUAUUUGCUCAGAACAGGCCAGAGUGGAUCAUUUCAGAGCUGGCCUGCUACACCUUCUCAAUGGCUGUGGUGCCCCUGUAUGACACACUUGGAGAGGAGGCCAUGGUGCAUAUCCUCAACCUGGCUGAGAUCUCUCUGGUGAUCUGUGACAAGGAGGAGAAGGCAGAGUCCCUUCUGGGGAAUAAGGAGAAGGGUGUGACGCCUACUCUCUCCUGUCUGGUGCUCUUCAAUCCCUGCAGUGAUGCCAUAGUGGAGAGGGGGAAGAACUGUGGAGUGGAGAUUCUUGAACUCACACAGCUCAUGGAACUUGGACGACAGAACCUCAAAGAUCCUGCGCCACCCCAACCCCAGGACCUGGCAGUCGUGUGCUUCACCAGUGGAACCACAGGAAAGCCCAAGGGAGCCAUGAUCACCCACGGCAACAUCGCCUCCAAUUCCUCCUCUGUUAUUAAGAUCCUGGAGGGGUCAUUUGUAAUUCAGCAAGAGGACGUGUCAAUAUCUUACCUGCCUCUUGCCCACAUGUUUGAGAGGAUGAUUCAGGUGUCCAUGCUAUGUCAUGGGGCCAGGGUAGGAUUCUACCAGGGGGAUAUCUCCCUGCUCAUGGAUGAUAUUAAGACUCUGAAACCCACCUUCUUCCCAGUGGUGCCUCGCCUACUCAACCGCAUCUACGACAAGAUCUUAGGCUCCGUGACGUCCCCAUUGCGCCGGGCAGUGCUGCACUAUGCAGUGAGGAGGAAGCAGGCUGAGCUCAGCAGUGGGGUGGUACGUAACAACAGUCUGUGGGACAGGCUGGUGUUCAACAGGAUUCAGGCUAAUUUAGGAGGUAAUCUGAGGUUCAUCCUGACCGCCUCGGCCCCCAUCUCCCCCACCGUGCUCUCCUUCCUCAGGGCCACCCUCGGCUGUCUGAUCUUUGAGGGCUACGGUCAGACUGAAUGCACAGCAGGCUGCACCUUCUCCAUGCCAGGUGACUGGAGUGCAGGCCAUGUUGGUGCUCCAUUGCCCUGUGCCAUGGUGAAGUUGAUUGACAUUCCUGAUAUGAACUAUUAUGCCAAGAACGGAGAAGGAGAGAUCUGUAUCCGUGGCCACAGUGUGUUCCGGGGAUACCUGAAAGAUGAGGAGAAAACAACGGAGGCCCUGGACCGUGAUGGCUGGCUGCACAGUGGAGACGUGGGCCAGUGGCUACCGAAUGGGACACUUCGCAUCAUCGACCGGAAGAAGCACAUCUUCAAGCUGUCCCAGGGAGAGUACAUUGCCCCUGAGAAGAUUGAGAAUGUCUACAUGCGUUGUGUCCCUGUGCUACAGGUCUUUGUGCACGGAGACAGUCUACAGUCUCACCUGAUCGGUAUUGUUGUGCCAGACCCAGAAGUGUUCAUUGACUGGGUUAAGAAGAGGGGAAUCGUUGGAUCCUAUGAGGAACUCUGCCAGAAUCCAGAUGUGAAGAAAGAAGUGUUAGAAGACAUGACAGCCGUGGGGAAGGAAGCUGGGCUGAAGUCAUUUGAGCAGGUGAAGGACCUGCACCUGCAUCCAGAGAUGUUCAGUGUGAGCAACGGUCUCCUCACCCCCACUCUGAAGACCAGACGAGUGGACAUCCACAGGGUCUUCCAGGAACAGAUCACAAACAUGUAUAGCACAACAGCCAUCUAGAAGACCUCUCCACUGUAACAUGCUCACACACUCCAAUGACAUUUACAGUUGAAGUUGGGAAGUUUACAUAAACUUAGGUUGGAGUCAUUAAAACUUGUUUUUCAACCACUCCACAAAUGUCUUGUUAACAAACUAUAGUUUUGUCAAGUCUGUUAGGGCAUCUAAGUAAUUUUUCCAACAAUUGUUUAGACAGAUUAUUUCACGUAUAAUUCACUUUCACAAUUCCAGUGGGUCAGAAGUUUACAUACACUAAGUUGACUGUGCCUUUAAACAGCUUGGAAAAUUCCAUAAAAUUAUGUCAUGGUUUUAGAAGCUUCUGAUAGGGUAAAUUACAUCAUCUGAGUCAAUUGGAGGUGUACCUGUGGAUGUAUUUCAAGGCCUACCUUCAAACUCUGUGCCUCUUUGCUUGACAUGGGAAAAUCAAAAGAAAUCAGCCAAGACCCUAAUUUUUUAAAUCUCCACAAGUCUGGUUGAUCCUUGGGAGCAAUUUCCAAACACCUGAAGGUACAACAUUCAUCUGUACAAACAAUAGUACGCAAGUAUAAACACCAUGGGACCAUGCAGCCGUCAUACCGCUCAGGAAGGAGACGCGUUCUGUCCACUAGAGAUGAGUGUACUUUGGUUCGAAAAGUGCAAAUCCAUCCCAGAACAACAGCAAAGGACCCUGUGAAGAUGCUGGAGGAAACGGUUACAAAAGUAUCUAUAUCCACAGUAAAACGAGUCCUAAAUAGACUAAACCUGAAAGGCCACUCAGGAAGGAAGCAGCUACUGCUCCAAAACUGCCAUAAAAAAGCCAGACUACGGUUUGCAACUGCAUAUGGGGACAAAGAUCAUACUUUUUUAGAGAAAUGUCCUCUGGUCUGAUGAAACAAAAAUAGAACUGUUUGGGCAUAAUGACCAUCGUUAUGUUUGGAGGAAAAAGGGGGAGGCUUGCAAGCCAAAGUACACCAUCCCAACCGUGAAGCAUGGGGGUGCUUUGCUGCAGGAGGGUCUGGUACACUUCACAAAGUAGAUGGAUCAUGAGGGAGGAAAAUUUACGUGGAUAUAUUGACAUAACAUCUCAAGACAUCAGUCAGGAAGUUAAAGCUUGGUCGCAAAUGGGUCUUACAAAUGGACAAUGACCCCAAGCAUACUUCCAAAGUUGUGGCAAAAUGGCUUAAGAGUCAAGGUAUUGGAGUGGCCAUCAAAGCCCUGAACUCAAUCCCAUAGAAAAUGUGUGGGCAGAACUGAAAAAGCGUGUGUGAACAAGGAGGCCUACAUACCUGACUCCGUUACACCAGCUCUGUCAGCAGGAAUGGGCCAAAAUUCACCCAACUUAUUGUGGAUAGCUUGUGGAAGGCUACCCAAAACGUUUGACCCAAGUUAAACAAUUUAAAGGCAAUGCUACCAAAUACUAAUUGAGUGUAUGUAAACUUCUGACCCACUGGGAAUGUGAAGUAAAUCACUCUAUUAUUCUGACAUUUCACAUUCUUUAAACAAAGUGGUGACCCUAACUGACCUAAGACAGGGAAUUUUUACUAGGAUUAGUUUACAUACACCUUAGCCAGAUACAUUUAAACUUCUGACUUCAACUGUACAUGAACUGUCUGUGUUUUCUGUAACUGGACAAAGAUAUGCAGUUUGUUGGAUCUCACUAUAGUACUAAAAACUGAGCAUGUAGCCAUGCCAAUAGAGGUUAUUGCUACAGUACACUGCUCAAUACUAUCAAACACAAUUGGUACGGUUUUCAGGGGAUUCCAUACUUUUUAGAUCUUUGGACAUGCAUCAGUAUGUCAAAUGUAUUUUCAUUGUUUAAAUAUCAUAGACAGUAGGAACAACAACAUUAAAUGGGACCAAACUAUUUUCCUUGCAGAAAACCUGGCCAUUUUUUUAAAUGGUAGAGUGAGUGGGUAAGUAGACAUUAGGUGAGCCUGAUAUUGCCCCCCUGGACCACACUUCCAUCCUUCUGACCAAUACGUAACAUCUAAACCUCGGGAAGCUGUUUCUUACAGUGCAAAAUAAUUAAUAUUCACAUGUGUAUUCUCUGAUUCUAGAGAUGAUUUAGUGUUCUCAGUGAAGCUGUGGCUGAGAUACAGUAGCUUUGAACAAGAUAUCUGCAAUAAAUCAUUCCCAUUUACUGA